UUUCCGUCAAGAAGCAGUGCAGUAUAUAUAUGUAUAUGAUUCUUUCGGAAUCAUCUGGAACCAUCCGAAAUAAACUUUAUUUUCCACGACUUUUGUACAUCACGUUAAAAAUUAUUAUUUUCUAGAAAAGUAGUCUCUUGUGCAUAAUUAAUAUGUUCGAAAGAAAAUUGAAAGCCCUUGGUUAUAUGGAAUGGGAUAAAGUUAACGGAAACAAUACUCAGCACUUUAGAAAAGUAAUUUUAUGGCUGGAAGAUCAAAAGAUACGUCAUUAUAAAAUAGAGGAUCGUAAACAAUUAAGGAACAUUACAUCCCCAGAAUGGCCCAACGUUUUUGAGAAAUAUUGUAAUGACGUCAAGUGUCCAAUAACAAAGAAUGAAGCUGGCCAAUUAGAAUGGUUCAUAGGGUACGCUAUUUGGCUUGAAUUUGGAGAUGAUUGUAAAAAAUAUCAACAAAUUGUAGGAAGUAAAGCAAAGGUUAAGAAUGAAGUAAAAAUACCUAAUAUCAAGUCCACAAAUCCUUUAGAUAACUUAGAUUUCGAUAAUGAUGCUUUCACAACCGGAGUCAAUUCAAUAGCAAAAUUACUAAAAGUACCAAAACAUUCUGAUCAUCUUGUUACAUUACAAGCAUGUAGCAAACUCGUGUGUAAUAAAUUGAACGCGGAUGCGAUUAAGCAAUCUAAUAAUGUCGUAUCUGUCAAGGGUAAACCCCUAACAGCAAUGACUAUAGUACCCAGUUUCAAUAUGGGUGAUAUAAUGCUAGAUAAUGCUGCCAAAGGCCUUUCUUUGCUAUAUAUACAGGAUCUCAGGAAUCUCCAAACGAAGAUUAACGAAACGAUAGUCGCUGUACAAAAUAUAACGGCUAAUCCGAAAACAGACACUAAAUUAGGAAAAGUUGGCAAAUGAACUAUUCGUGUACAUAAUAUUUUAGAACAGCAUGUGUUUAAUAUAAAAUUAAACAAAGAAUAUGGAAUAUAUCAAAUCUCGAAAAUAUUUACAUUUGAAAUCUCGAAAAUAACAUGAAAUUAUUAAACACGCUAUAAA